AUGAACCAAAUGAACCCAAAAUCUUAUGAUCUCUUCUUCUCUUUUGAUAGGUUAAAUGAACGCAAAACUAGAAUCGAUCAACAAGCUCAAUUUUUAUCUAAUUUACCUAAGAUCUUACCAUUUGAACCUUUAGCACCCGCUUCUUCUGAUAUUUCAUCAAAAACAUGGGAGAAAUGGUGGCAUGAACAUGAUCGAAUCGAAAGAGAAGCUGAUAUCUUUCGAGAGGAUGAAUUUGCUCUCAUGAAGAAAGUGGCAAUGUCCAAAACUACUAACAUGUCAAGAGAAGAUACCGAUCUAGUGGGUUUAACCUUGGGUACACUCGAAGCCUUCUCAAGACUAGAGCAUCUUCUUAGAUCACGGCGAAAACAAUUGCAAAUUCUUGAUUUAAGGAUUAAAUGGGAUCAACAAACCAAAAAAUUAAAAGCUCAACUUGAUGAAUUACAACAAGAGAGACCUAAAUUGAUCUCAAAGAUUAGAUGGUCACCUCCUCAUCCAGAUCAUUCAACUCCAGUCACAACUCCAACCUCAACUCCAACCCCUUCAUCUCCACUCUUGCGACAAAGCUUGGGACCUCAAUCACGUUCUCCUAUCUUAUCUGCUCAAACUCCUUUUCCUCGUUCUCGGCAAGAAUCGUUUAGUUAUCAAAACCAACCUAGAAGAUCCUCUACUCGGCUCUCAAUCAGUAGCGUUCAUCAUCCUCAACCUGAUACAGACCAUACCAAUGGCGAAACAUGCUUGCCCCUUGAUCAAACUCACACGCCUAUGAAAUUAAACAGUUAUAACAGUGACAGAAAAAGUAGCAUUGACGAGCACUAUCGAACGCCAUCUCCAACGUAUUCUGCUAGGAUCACGGUCAAUCCCGAGUCUUCGAUGAGUGUAAGGACUCAUCGUAGUAGCUCUAGUUCUAAUCGGAAUCACUCUUUACCUACCACACCCACCCCUUCGGCAACUCUGCCGACUUCGAUUCAUUCUCCUUUGAUCUCAAGUCAAUCUAGAGCCAUGCGAAUUCAAUCUUUGACUUUGCAACUUUCAUCUAUCAGUACCAAACUCAGUACACUCAAUCGUUUAGUGAUACCUACUUCAACAACCAUUGAUAGAUUGAUCGACUCAGGCUUACAUUUACCAGAAGCCUUCUUAGAUGAGCAAGACCGAUUAGAAGCAAGUGUGAGAUCGAUCGUAUCAUCUGAUAUAGCCAGAUUUUAUGCUACUCUCCUAGAUCAAUACAAACAAGCCGAUGAGAUUUGGUAUCAUCAACGCUCAUUAGACAAUGAAGUGGAGAUCAUGAAGAGGGAGAUUGAAUUAGAAAUCAACUCGAAUCGGAUCUCAUCUAACCAUAAACCUAAAUUCGCAAUCAUUGAAACUAAAUUGAACUCGAUCAUCAAAACCCAUCAAAGCCAUUCAAAGCGAAUUCAACAUUUCUCUUGUUUACCUACUCAUGAAUUUUAUCCCGAUCAAGAUCAACUCAAUCAAGCAUUGAUUAAUAAUCUCACGAAUGGUCUUCAAAGAUCACAACAACGUUUGGACCAAUUGAUCGAAUUGGUCAAUCUGUAUAAAUUAGCAGUCGAUAAGAUUGAGAGAUCUAAGGAGAUCAGAUCGGCCAUGGAAGCAAGUAAAAUGAGAUUCAAAGAACUAAUUGAAGAUAUCGAAGCUCUCGAUCGAUCACAGUCAAAAGGAGCUGGUGCUCCGACAGAUGUGACUUCUACCCACGAAAUUGAAAUAGGAGUCGACACAUUAGAAGGGUCAUCGAGUGAUGCGUUUGAUCAAGCUUGGUAUCAAAUUGAAAAGAAAUUAAAAGUCGAAUUGCAACUAGCUUUCAAACUUUUAGAAAAUGCUGAGACAGUGUUAAUAGAGUUAAAGGCUUUAGGCGUUGAUCCUAAAAUCAAAUCAGAUACUCAAUCAACAACACGCAAUCUCAAGAAUCAGAUGGAUGAGAUUGAAGAACUUAUACGAUCAAGAACGUUACAAAUUGAAAGACUUAAGCUUGUUCGACAUGGAUGGAAAAGUUUGAUUAAAGGCGAAAAACAAGUAAAAACUUUGAGAACGAAGUUGAUUUGGGAGAUUGGUCGAUCAAAGUGGAAAAAGCUGAUCAAGAUUGAAGAAGAAAAAUCUACUAGUAUGAUAGGUGAUGAUCAUCUCCAUCGAAUCCCUAGGGUACCAGGUCUAUUGAGUGAUGCUGAAGAAAGUGAAUUGGAGGAUUCAAAAAAGAAAGUGAAGGAGGAAGAGAGAUUGCUCCAGAUCACAAGCAGUCAGACGAGUUUAUUAAAGGAUAGUACAGAAGCAAGACAAUUAAUUGUGGCUGAUCUAGAGCCCCUUAUCAGCUCUAUACUUGCCCAAUUACCCAACCAACCUAUUAUUCAUUCCAAAAUCUCAGAGUUACAUCAUAUGUUGAAACAUGAAAAGCUCAAGGAGUUGGAAAGAUUGGAAAGGAUUCGAGAAUCAAUUAAGCUUCAGACUCAAGAGAUUCAGAAUUUAGACAAUCUCCAAGACGGUUUGAUGAUUGAAGGUAGUCGACUGAUUAAACGUGUACAAGAUACAAUUGGAGUUGAACUGGAUCGGACGUAUGAAAUCACUUCAGAGUCAACCUCAAAUACUGAUACUGAUACAACCACGAGGCAUAGAAGAAAUCAGGGAGAGACAAAUGUAAAUCGAGGUCGGAAUAGACUAGUGACCAAAGUUAAAGAGUAUGUUCCGGAGCUUGAAAGUUUAGUCAAAUCUUUACCAGCUCGAAUCAAGUUUGUGGUAGAGGAGAAUGAAGGACUAGAGAUUAAAUCAUAUGAGGCAGAAAUCAAGAAUUUCUUGAAUGGGAUUGAAAUGAGUUUGUUUGGAUUAAGGGAUCAAUUAUGUAAUGAAUUUAGUCUUUUGGAAUGGAUUGAUUGCGAAGUUGGAAAAAGAUUUAGUAAUGGUAUUGAAGAUGUGAAGGUAGAGAUCAAGGAUAUAAUCAAUGGGUUGGAAAAAGUCGAAGGCCAAUUGAAUGUCUGGAUGGAAGUUAUUGGUUCUGAUCGAAUGCAACCAGCGAUUCCAGAACUCGAGAUUCAAGCUCAAUGUCAUGAAUUGAUCACAAAUCUCACGAACAAAUUGAAUCAAGAAAUUCGAACUGAGAUAGAUGAACGAAUCCCGAAAAGUUUAGAAGAUUUCAUUCAUCAAUGUCCGAGUUUAAGUUCAAAUUUAUUUAAACCUGAUCAAUUUAUUUUACCUAAACAAAUGUUACAACAUCAGUUACAAUCUUAUUUUAAUUCAACUGUUCGAAGAUCAGAAGAUUUGAUUGGUUUGAGAAAUAAGUUUCUAGAAAUCAAUCAACGGAGAAAACUCGAAUUUGAAUGGAGAGAAGAUUGGAAAUAUAGAUUGAAUGAGUCUAUGAUGUCUUUGACGGAUUUCGAAGAUCGAUUGAGAGUGCUUAACCUUGACUUGGGAGAAAUUGAGUCACAAGUAAAGAGUUGGGAACUAAAUCAUUUCACUAGUAGAUCAGAGAUUGCUUUGAUCGGGGAUGAUGGUCAGGCACCUUUCCCUGAUUUCCAAUCAGAAGUUACUAAAUUUAAGGACACGAUUACGUCGAUUGGAGAUGGCAAAAUGGUUGAAUUGAAGGACUUGAUUAAUGAGGUAAACUUGAAAGUGAAAAGAAUUGAAGACGAAAUCAAAGAGAAACUGCCUCUCGAUGAUGAUCUGUUGAAUGGAUCAAGAACUCAUUUGGGACGAUUACAACCAGAAUGGGAAUCGGCCCAAAAUCGAUUGAAAGCAUUGGAGAAUCUCACCAAUCAAUUGGAAGCAGAUCUUGAUGUGAGAAGAUCAGAGUACGACUUGCGAACAAAUUGGAGUGCUCGAUGCAAUGCGGUUUUCAAAGAAAGUGACAUCGAAGACAUGAUCGAAAGAUAUGAAACAAUACUUGAUCAAGCUCUUUCAAAAUCUGAUAAAGAAGCACUUGGUGAAGACGUGGGUGAUCGGUUCUCGAAAGCUCUUGAAGAUCUGCGAAGUUUGAUCAACCGUCAGAAUACGGACCAGACCUCGAUCGGCCAAAAGUCACAGCUCAUGAAGUCCAAGGUUUCUGAUAUUUUAGAAGAAACUGCCAACCUGAGUAAGAUGCCAGAUAUCGAACAUUCUUAUUUGAUAAAAGCAGAAUCUGAAUUGUUGAGGAUAGGAUCAAGUUUCGAAAAGGUUUCAAGCAAGAGCAGUGAAGCGGAAAGAAGAGCUAUUGAAAGAAUAGUCCAGGGUGCUGGGGAAUUGGUUCAGAUGGAGGAAAUGGGAGUGGAUCAGAUUGUGAUUGCACACCAGAUCGGUCUUGAAUCAUCUCGGGUGAAGCAUUGGAUCAAAUCGGAAUUGGGUCCGUUUAUGAAAGAGAUUGAAGAAGAGGGUGCAAAAAUUGAUAACCUUGAGUCACUUUCAUCCCAAAUCGAAAGUGGAUCAAAGGCUAAAACCAAAGAAGUUAGGACUAGUGGCUUGAACUGUUCUACCUCUUCCACUUCUUCUGCGAGGUUGAAUGAAGAGAAUGAUCGACUGAAACAAAAGUUUUUGGAGAUUAAACGAUUGGUGGCAAUGACUUCUAAGAGUCACGAAACUCUCACUCGACUCGAGCUUGGCCUGCCACAGCUGAUUGAUCAUAUCGAUCUUUUCGAGAUUACUUUGCCAGUGGCAUGUCUCUCUGAUCUGAAUCAAGGUUUAGAUCAAACAAGCUUCAAGACUUCUUUUCAAGAAACUGGGGAGUUAAACCGAAUCAAGACGCUACGUGUACAAUUGAAUUCUAUCACAGCAAAAGUGAACAAGAUGCUAGAAGGGACAGAAGUGGGGAUGAAGCUGUGUCAACAACAAAAGGCAAGAUCGGCAAGGAUGUUCGAGAUCUUGGAUCGAUUGGUUUCACUUGAUCUUGAUCGUUGGGUUCGAGAGCCUGAGAAAAGACAUGCGCCUUUACCAACUCGAGAGACUGUGAUCGAUAUUCAGGGCAGGUUGGAAGGCAUCAAUCUUGAAAUCUUGGAUCUGAUGUCGGAAUUAGAGUCAGUCUCAGCCUCAGGAGAGAAAGAUGAAACGUUAUUAGAAAGAUGUGUCAAAGAAUACGAUUCGGCUUCAUCAAAGUUUGAAAGACUGAAGGAAUUGAUGGAAUUCAAUGAAGCGGUAGAAUUAUGUGAUCAAAGUUUCUCACGUCUACUUGAUGCAUUAGAUCAUCAUCAGAAUAACGGUUCAGAAGAUGACGAGCUCUUCUCAGUGAAUCAAGAAUCUGAAACGAAAUUAAAAGAAGUAAGCUUGAAAGCUUGUGGGGUUGGUAAUGAUGGUAGAGUUGAAUAUCAAUUAGAACGUCUUACUCAAACUUGGGCUGAAUUAUCAGAGAUGGUAAAAGAUCGACAAGAGUCCAAGGACGAUCCUAAUGAUCGAUCAAACAAGUUAAGACUGAACCCAGAUGAAGGGAGUGAUAGUUAUAUACCUCAAUCUUUCUCAGCCAAGAAGAACAAUAGUCCAGCUUCAAAGAUUCCUGUUUUACUUGAUCGAUCACCAGUACGAUUGAGGAGUAACUCAGUUGGUUCGACUGCUGGAUCACCAUCGCGCAUAACUGCUAAGAUUCCAACCAUCUCAACACCAUUAGGAUCAAUAGAAACGAGAGGAGGAUUGAAACACAGCCUCGAUCGUCAUGCUCAUCCCAACUCGCCGUAUAUGCCAUCUCCAUCCCUUGCUGCUAGUUGUCGAGCUGGGCGAAGAACACCAGAUCCACGAUCUGCCUCUAAAGACCAUUUUGACAGUCAUCCCCCUCCCUCGGGAUACACGAGGACCCGAGCUCCUUCGAGCUUGAGGGGAAGAAUUGGGGGUGGUGGUAGCGGUCUUCGAAAUCGAGUCAGCCUAAUGUCCAUGAGCCAGAGUCGGACCGCGUUUGGGCUUAGUACUCCACCGUCUACUCGAAUGGAUGGUAUUGAGAAAAAGCGAGUCCAAUAUCGACCUCAACCAAAUCGAAACAUUGAUCAAAUGGUUGGAAAGGUUGUUAAUCGACUUGCAGUUGAAGUUCAUGUAGCGCCUGUUGAAGAAACUUGGGAGGAUAAUAGUGGACUGUAUUGGAUUGGUAACAAAAUGUAUUUCUGUAGAAUCUUGAGAAGUCAGACGGUAAUGGUGAGGAUUGGUGGAGGUUGGAAUGAAUUAUCUAGGUACGUUAAACUGUGGAUCAGAAACAGAACGAAAGUAAUCUCUGCUGAUGAUUUGAAUUUGGAAUGUUUAGUUUUCUAUUAG